AUGUACGGCCUCGUGUUUGUCCCAUUUACCGGGAUCGACAACCAUAAGAAAUGCGUGACAUUUGGAGCAGCCCUGAUUGAUCGGGAGGACGUGGACUCGUACAUUUGGGUAUUAAAGAACUUCAAAAACGCAAUGGGCAGCCCCCCCGCAAUCACUGUAAUUGAUCAAGAUCCGGCGAUGAAAGUUGCAAUUGCACAAGAAUUCCCUGAAACGCGUCAUCGGUACUGCAUGUGGCAUAUAAUGACAAAGGUGGGUGAUAAAGUGGGCACUGACCUAGCGAGGAACGAAGAGUUUAGACGGGAGCUAAAUACUGUAGUAUGGAACGACGCCUCAACUACUGCAAAUUUCGAGCAUGCAUGGAAAGCUGUAAUGGAAAAAUAUGCCAUAACUGAAAAUUCGUGGCUGAAACAUAUGUAUGAUGAGCGUGCGUCAUGGGUUCCUGCGUGUUUUGAAGGAGUUUUUAUGGGCAGAUUACUACGUACUACAUCCCGGUCCGAGGCUGAGAAUAGAAUUUUCAGAAGCAAUACUAACAAGCACCUUUGCCUUACAGAAUUCUUCAUCCGAUUUGAGAGUACAGUGCGAAAGCAACGGAUCACGCACGCACAUCUUAGUGGUGCCAGCAACGCACAGACUCCCCCUUUCAAAACACCACUGGGAAUUGAACGACAUGCAUCCAAACUGUACACACUAACAGUUUUUUAUGAUGUCCAGGAGGAAAUUAUUGCAGGUUGUUUUGAAUGCCGGGUAAGAGCAGUGACAAUCGGUGACGGCAUCAAGACUUAUGAGGUGGAUGAUAAGCGCGGGACACAGUACGGUUUGACCGUUGAGGAUGUGACAAUGAUUACGCACUGCCCCUGCCGAAUGUAUACAAGGAUUGGUCUAUUGUGUAGACACGCUUUUGCAGUGCUAAUAUAUGAGAGGGUUGAUACCAUACCGCCGCAACAGAUCACCCCGCGAUGGACACGCAACGCAAUAACAGAAUAUGAAGAUUAA